AUUUCCUUUGCGACGCGAAGAAAUCCCGCCACUUUUGUGAUCUAACCUCAAGCAGUUGAUUUUCUCAUUGCACGUUUCUCAGGAAAAUCUUAAUUUCCCCGUAAAAAUUACCAAAGCUACUUUUUAAAACAACUUUUCCUGUAAGAAAAACUCCCAAGUGAUUAAUCCACAAUGCCAUCUGAAGCUUCAUGUGUGCUGCGUUUUGCAAAAUUGACCGAAAAUGCUUUUGCCCCGAUGAAAGGCUCCGCCCGGGCAGCUGGAUUUGAUCUCAGGAGCGCCUAUGACUGUGUUGUACCUGCCCGUGGCAAAGAACUCGUGAAGACAGACAUUCAAAUUCAAGUUCCGGAAGGGUGCUACGGCCGCGUUGCCCCACGCUCUGGACUCGCUCAUAAGAAUUUCAUCGAUGUAGGCGCUGGUGUAAUCGAUGAGGACUAUCGAGGGAAUGUUGGAGUGAUCUUAUUCAAUCAUUCAGAUAUUGAUUUUAAAGUCACCAAGGGCGACAGGAUUGCUCAGCUAAUCUGCGAGAGAAUUUUCUAUCCGGAAAUUGAGGAAGUUCAAUCACUAACAGAUACCGAGCGUGGAAGUGGAGGAUUCGGCUCAACUGGAACCAAGUAGAAUUUGCAUUGAAAUUAAUCCCAUUUAAACUUCACAUUAGCAUUUAAGAAAUCUCAUUUAUUGAAAGUACAUACUACAGAGAAGAUUCAUUCUAGAUUCCUGAUAAGAAUUUUUCCAUUUUCACGUUUAUAUUGCUUUUUUUUCCAACCAGAAAAUACCUCCAUUGCUACCUAUAUUGAAAGAAAAUAAAAAUGUUCAUUUUUUUUCGUAAAA